AUGCCAGAAACCUACUUCUACGUAACAAAACCCUCACCAAAAGAUUAUAAAGACCAACUUACCUCGAAUAUUGGACGCAUCGGGACAAUCCGCAGCCUUCGACCUCCGAAACUGGAACGACCAAAGCCUAUUUACCUAUGUUCGGGCUUCGAACUGUCGACUAGUUUCAUAUCCUCCGAUGUUACAAACCCCGAAUUUGGGUCGGGAUUGCGCAACGCAGAGGCUACAGAAUCUCAACCUGGGUUGAAUUGCAACGAUUCGAAUUGUGGAUUCAACGCUACUGGAUUCGAUUUUAAUUGUACGGAGCCGAAUGUGAGGUUGGCCGGAACUGAAGCGAGUUUUAGAUCGAAGGCAGGAUCAAAUUUUGGUUCAACGGCUCCAAAGGCUAUUGAAGAAGCGGCUACAAAGGACAAUUUUGAUUUUAUUGCAAAAAAUUUCGAAUCUACAGAGUUUGGAUCAGAUUUCAUAUUGACAGAAUCCUAUUUGGGUACGAAUUCUGACGACGAAGAUUCACCGAAGUUUGAUGUAAAUUCAGAGAAAACGGAUUCGAAUUCUGAAGAUUCCGGACUAGUUUUAAAGCCUGAAGAAUCAGAAGAGAAUAACGGUUCUAAGGAUAACAGUUCUUGGUUUUGUCAAGACGAAGGAAAGCUACACAAUUUGGAUCAUCGUACGCUUCGAUACUAUCAACAAGUUCAACUACAAAACUUAAAAUCUUAUCAAGAGAACCAACAUCUACACGAUCAAACAACUUCAGUAGAGAACUUUAAGAAUUUUGGAGGCUUUUCAAACAGCUUUCGGACUCAAGACCAUCCUAAUCAAGUAUACUACUGCUUUAAAGAUCAAAAGUUUUAUUUGAAAAACGAUUUUUUGGAAGAAAACUUCAAUUUUCUUGACUUCUACACAACUCAAGAACAAAACGACAACAUGUUGCGGAAUUAUGAUCCGAAAAUGUUGCGGAAGAUGAAUAUUCGACCAGCCGCCCCACCUCCACUACCCCCACACAAAGAUUUGCGGAUGCCGAUCCGGCUACGUCAAGUUUUUGACGCACCCUCGACUUUCAACAAGGCUUUCAACGACUCAAAGAGCUUCAACGAUGCAAACACGUUCAAUACCAACAUGAAUAACACAAAUUUGAACAACAACAAUAUAAAUAAUGUAACGAACAAAAACGGAAAGACGAACAGUGUUUCGACCAGUAAGACGACUAAUGAAGAGCCGGGAGGAGAGUUCCGGCGCGAAAAGUGUUUGAAACUGAAGGACAAUAGGAAGCGGAUCAAGUUUCAGGAGCGCUUGAUUACAGGUAUUAUCGAAUUUUGAAACAUUGUCAUUGAGUGCUAGAUCUUGGUUCUAUUCUGAGAUAUUGAGAGGUGUAUUUUGAUUCUGUGGUUAAAGAUUGAGCGUUCUAUCUUACUUCUACUAGCAAGUAUUGAGAGCUGCAUCUUCCUGUGAGCGCAGAUCGAGUGCUAUAUCUUCCUUCUGUCACUUAUAUUGAGAUUUAUAGCUCAAAUCUAACUUUGAACAUUUCACCUAUCACUCUAGCCUAUCCGUAUCAAUUUUUAAAGAAAAGUUUGCAUCGAACACGUAUUUAGCUUUAUGAACAUGCCUUCAAAGGUUGUAACACUGUUUUAAGAUUUUUAAAACAAGAACGUUAUUUUUGUUAUUUCUACUGAUUACUGACUAACAAGUUGGCUGUAAAGCUCGCUUGCACCUAUAUUGACUAGUUCGUUGUUUUCUAUCACUGAUUUUCGACUAAUGCGUUGACUUCUGUGACUUAUUUUACUUAUUAGUUUUGGAAAAAAUUGAUUUCUGAUUGUCUAUCUUGAAUUAAGAAUAGAUGUUGAUUAUGCUAUUGAUUAAAACUCUUUCUUCGCCAAAAAAGCUGAAUGGUAAACUUUAUAUUAGAGAAGAUUGUUGUUUUAUGAUAAAUCAAGGUGUUGGAAUUACAAUAAGAAAAAUUUUUACUUGUAACAUUAAGCAAAUUUAAAAAACCUAUGGUUAUUCCAAAACCAUGGGUUCAAAUUGAUGUUUUCGUUAAUACUAACCAUUUUAUAUAAAUGUUUGGCUAAAAUUACACUUUUUAAGAACAAGCACAAAAUUUUUUAAACAUUUAAUUCCACAAAAUUUUAGACCAAAAGAAUGGUUCAACGAAACAAGCCCCGAAUCGACUACAACCCCCGAACAAACCCCCUACCGCGGGCAUUACCGACGUCGGCUCGAUGCCCCAUUUCGGAAUUUAUCAACACAACUCACCGGUCGAUUUGAAAAAGUCCAAAAAUAAAGACAAGGACAAGAAGAAUAAGAAGAAGCCGCGGAUUCGAAAAGAAGAUAUUGGGCAUCCGACUAACUUUCAGUGGGUUUUUGGGGAUUUUAGGGGGUGUUUUUGGAGUUUUUGACUUAUCACGGGCAAAAAAAAUUUCUGGUCGAAAAUAUUUUUAAAACAAAAAAAGUGAUUUUUGAUCAAUUUUUGAGGUUUCUUGUUUCCAGACUUUUAAUUUUAAAACGGUUUUUAAUAAUACAUUGCUUUAGACACAAAGCCCACUUGGGCUGGGACGUGGACGGCGGUUUCAGCCAAAACUUUUGCGCUGGCGAACCCCUGGACGAAAGCGUAAAAGAACUGCUCCGGGCGGCGGGUCGAGACCCAGACAAGAUGAACAAAGAGGAACUCGCUUUUGCCACCGACUUCAUCAGCAACUACCAAGAAGCCCCUGGCAAUGACUACACCUCACAAUCUAGUCCGGCUAUCAUGCAGCCACAGCAACAACCAUCAUUCCAGCCCGGCCCAAUGCAUCAAGUACACUCCAUUCAUUCGGCCCAAUCAGCUAACAACAUGUACAAUACUCGACCAGCUCCACCACGACCACCACCAACUGAUUACUACGGGAGUUAUGGGCAGGAUCAAGGUCGUAGUGCAGGGUAUGAACUGGAGCAGGCAAGAAGUGGGUAUGGGCAAGAUCAAGGCUACAAUGGAAGCUAUGGCCAAGCUAAUCAACGUAACGGAAGCUACGGUCAUGAACAGCCGCAGGCUAGAAGUUACAGCCAAGAUCAAGCCUAUAAUGGAGGUUACAGCCAAGAUCAAGGCCGUAAUGGAAUUUAUGGCCAUCUACAAGCUACAUAUGGAUCAAAUUACACUCAUUCAGCUCCAGCCACUCCACCUCAACCCCCUCCGGCACCACAACGAGACGCUUCGAUGCAGCAACGACCGGUCAGACCUCCACCUGUUGAGCAAAGAACCGUAAGUUUUUGAAGUUUGCUGCGCUGUAAAUGGUGUAAAAUUGAUGUUACAGUUAGAGUAGCUUUCUUAAAAUCUUGAAAACAUAAUACUUUGGCUAUAAUUAAGACAGAACAUUUUUAAAAGUUUUUAUGGGCAAAACUCUUUUUCCAAUAAUUUUGUGACACUUUGUCAAGUUUUCCGGUAAGUUUGUGGCUUUUCGUCUACUUUAGGAGAUUUUUUGCGCGCGCUGAAAGAAAAACUUUUUUACAGCUUUCAGAAUCCGUUUCUGUAGCCUUUUAACUUUGUUUGAACUUGUUUUACAUAAGAUUAAUUACUUGAAGGUGCAGAAUAUUGUUUAUCUUAUCCAUCUCUUAUUGACGCCAAUUUAGCCAUGGAUAAUAUAAAGAAAUAGAGGAAAGGCGGGUAGGAUAACAAGGAAAUCGGUAGACAAUUCUUUUUGAUGAGGAGAUUAAGUUAAUAAGGGAAAUAUAAUGUUAUAGAGUGAGAAAUAGCUUUAAGUAAUGUAGUAUAAGGAAUCGGUAGAUAAAAGCUUGUUUACUAUAUUGUUGAUGUCCAGAAAAGUUAUUAGGAUUGAGGAUCAUUAGCAGAGCUGUAUUCUUGUCUGUUUUACGUAUUUUAAGAUGAAGGUGAAGAUUGGUGUCUUGUUUAAGUUGAUUAGAAAGAAAAAGAGAUCAAAGAAGGUUAAUGUAAGAUAUUUUAGAUUUUCUUUGUGUUUUUGGAAGUUUUAAGGAGGUAAAAUUCAACCGUAGUUUUUUUUUGUUGGUUUUACAAUUAAAAAUUUUAUGUUAAUUUAGUUUAAAGUGAAAACUUAAUCGAUUUUUAAUAUAACUUUGCUUUUUCAGACCUCCUACUCGAAUGGACCUCAAUCAGCCCCACCACCACCUCCACCAAUGCCCCCAGUUGGUCAAUCGGCCCCAAGACCAUCAAAUGCUCCAGCUGCUCCACCCCCACCACCACCCCCUCCACCAGCUCAAACGUCCUCUUCAAUACCACCCCCACCUCCACCACCACCUCCAGGUGGCUUAAAUGGAGUCAAGCUUGGUAAUGGCAAUACACAACCUUCAAGUGCAAGUUCAAAUGCACCAGCAACGCCAAAACAGGCUUCGGGAGGCCGUGCUGAUUUGCUACAGCAAAUUCAGCUGGGAACGAAAUUGAAGCACGUUGAGCCGCCAGCUGAACGUUCUCCAUUGGCCGCGACUGGAAAUGCUAGAGAUGAUAUGAUGCAACAGAUCAGGAAGGGUGCGAAUUUGAAACAUGUAGGUUUAUUUUUGAUUUUUUUUUGUUUUUAGGUAGUAUAUUGCAGGUUUUGGCAAUAAUAUAGACAUUGUUGUACCUAAACUAUUAAAAAUGGUCAUUGCUUUACCUGAAGUAUUGAAAAAUGUCAUAAUUACCAAAAAAUGUUUAAAAAGGCAUUUUUUAUAAUUAAAAUAUCAAAAGCAAAAAAUUUUUGGAUCAAUAUGUUAGAAUAGUUCUUUUCAUUUGUAUAACGACUAUUUGUAAAGUUUUUUUGAUGUUCAGGUUGAUCAACAAGAAGUUGAAAGCAACAGGAAGUCGGUGCCAGAACCAAUGGGCGGAAUAGCGGGCGCUUUGGCACGGGCAUUGGAAGAACGACGCAAAAACAUGAACAAUUCGGACGGUAGGGCAUUUUUGGUCGAUAUUUUAAAGUUUUAGUUAGUUUUGGGAAAUUUUAAGGAAAUUUUUGAUUUUUUUUUUGAAAUUAAAAAUUUUUUUUUUAUUUAUUAAGAAAGCUUGUGAAACAGUCCGUUUUUGUUGAUUUUUUGCAAAAUUUUGCCAUUUUUAAAUGGAUUUUUAAAAAAUAAAGAAAAAAUUUUUAGAAUCCGAAGCCGAAAACGACAGCGAAUGGGAGGACGAUUGA